CCUCCCACUCGGUUCGGCCUUCCGAUAAUGGAACUCUUAUCAGCUUCCCGGUAUUCUCUAGCUGUACCGUGACUUGCCUCGUUCCAAGAAUUGAGCUAUCGCUUUUCCCUCCUCUCCUUCAUCCUCGACAUACGAUUUUCUAACAAUUGAUCAACAUGCAAUUGCCUAGUCUUGGUUCAAUCCUCCCUUUAGAACCUGGUAUCCUCUCGGUGGCAUUGUUGCUAUCAUGCGUAGCCGUAUUUGCGUAUAGACGGAAGCCUGCGGGUUAUCUUCCCGCUCGGUCCAGCGUGCGCGAUACCUCGAUCUCUGAGAAGAACAAAUUAAAGGAACGGGAAUGGGGUGAAUGGCCUCCGGUAACCUUUUCCUAUCCGCCCGUCACACCAACCUCGAAUCCUGUCAAUCUGAAGCCAAUCCCGUAUCGGCCUUUCCGAUGGGGAGCUUACCAUGUCACGAUGGGUAUUCGAGAUAUGCCUUGGGACGAAUGGAUUGAGACCGACUACCAGAUGCAAUCAUACUAUUAUAUCAAGAAGCACCGUAUCGCUACACGAGGUACAAACGUCGUCCAAAUCUUACCCGAUAGACCUGGGGUUGUAAAAUCCGCCAGCCAGGGUGCAAUCGAAUUGGUCCAUGAACUUGCCGAUUAUCUUAGUAAACGAUACCCGGAUGCUUUUACCGUGUCGCGCAACGUGUCAGGCGAUAUAUCCAGUGUUGCAAUCAUUCCGGUGAACGCUAAACUCGACAUCCCUCCUGCACUGGCGACACAAGGCUCUCUCAAGUUACGACAAGUGAGUAUCGAGGAAGCUGAACGUGCAAUGAAAGUAUCUGCAUUGCUCGUCCAAGAUGAUUUAGCCCUGAUGGUCGAAGGCACUGAUGGUCGAUACUACUUUCAAGGAGGUGCUAUCUGCGUACCUGGAUUCUGGAGGAUGCGAGAUAAAAUUGGUCUACCACUGGAAGAUAUUCAUAUCCAGGGACACGUUCCUCAGUACGAAACAAGACUACACAACAGCAUGGACCGAUAUUUCAAGCGCAUGCCUGUAGAAAAACCUAUCAUCCGCAACAAUUAUUUCUUCCAAGUCAUCCCUCCGGAGGAUAUCCGCCAUCCUCUCAACGCGGCCGCCCAAUCCUCUGCCAAGCCCAUCAUCGAGAACGAUAGCACCGUAGACCCAGAAGAACUCGCUUGGUCCACGACUACCAACGGCUUUGAAGAAACUUUCAACCAUGGACACCCAAUCACCCCCGACGUGCGUCCAACCGUCGCUGCCGAGAACCUUCGUUUGCGAACUGAGCGCCAAACACUCCGGAGGCUUCCGCUUUCCGGUGCAAUCGUCUUCGGGAUUCGAACGUAUCUGUUCCCGGUAGAAGAACUCGCGAAAGAGCCAGGCAUUCCGGCGCGGAUGGCAAGUGCUAUGAGGAGCUGGCCGGAAGAUGUGAGGAAGUAUAAGGGGAAUGGGCUGUAUGAGAAGGUAAUGCUGGAAUAUCUAGAUAAGGCUGCAAAGGAACAACUUGAGGUUGGAGGUGAGGAAUUGAUGAAGGACACUGGAAAGGGGUAUCCAUUUUAGUUGGAUGUAUCAUUUCACCUACAAAAAUCAUCUACCCUCAUCUAUCAUUGCGGUUGUGAGAC